CUCUCACUAGACAUAAAAACCAAUCACCACAACACAAGAAUAUACACACAGAUAUACACAGAAUCAAGCUGAUCAGAGCAAGAAAAUGUCGUCCAAGGACUGCGGCAACCACGGCAAGAGGCGCCGACUUAAGGCGCGGCGGAUCUUGGCCUGCCUCCUGAUCUUCCUCUUCAUCGUCCUCCUGACGAUCCUGAUCAUCUGGGCCGUUCUCCAGCCGUCCAAACCCCGUUUCAUCCUCCAAGACGUCACCGUUUACGCCUUCAACACCUCCAUCCCCAACUUCCUCACCUCCAGCUUCCAAGUCACCAUCUCCUCCCGCAACCCCAACGACAAGAUCGGCGUCUACUACGACCGCCUCGACGUCUUCGCCGUCUACCAUAACCAGCAAAUAACCUUCCCCACCAGAAUCCCCCCCACCUACCAGGGCCACAAGGACGUCAACGUCUGGUCGCCGUUUGUUUACGGUAACCUCGUCCCCGUCGCUCCCUUUAACUCCGACGCCCUAAUAGCUGACCAGGCCAACGGCGCCGUCAUGAUCUUGUUCAAGAUCGACGGCAGAGUCCGUUGGAAAGUCGGCACUUUCAUCUCCGGCCGUUACCAUCUCUACGUCAAGUGCAGCGCCUUCAUCAGCCUCGGGAACCGGAAUAGCGGAAUCGCCGUCGGCGAGAACGCCGUUAAGUACCAGCUAGUUCAGAAGUGCAAAGUUAACGUAUGAACAUGACGUCGCUGCUUAACGCCGUUAGUUUCUUUGUUUUUUUCGUUUUCCUUUUCUUUUUUAAUUAUUACUUUUGUGUUUAGUUUGAUAUUAUUCUGUUUGUAUUGGAGUCUAUACAUGUAAGACUUUUGAGUUGUACAUUUUGCUAUAGAAUAAAUAUUGAGAUAUAUGAGACGUAUAGCAAAAUUGCAAUCCUUUGAUGGAAAGAGAAAAUUACUUGUAGAAUAAAAUUAUGAAAAAAAAAAAAAAUCG